AUGCUCUCUGUCGCGAAAGGUUUUCUUUUCUCACGCAUCACCGGCGAACAAACCGCCCCAAACCCCACCGAAGAGGAAAGGAAUGUUGUGACAGGCGCUGCCCGCUUUAUAAUUUCAUGGGGAAAUGACACCACCCCCGCGAAUGCAUCAAUCAACCUUCGUGAUGUCCGUGAUUCUGCUCGAAAAUCGGUCAAUGCCGUUUUGUCUCGCAGUCGCAAAUCCAUCGACAUCAACGAUAUUGCCGCUUCAUAUGGCUUGCGAUCCCAAAACUCGCGACCAUUAAGUGAUUCAGUGCUUCAUGGAGAUCAGACCGCACUCGCGGAGACUGCAUUAGACCAGAGCAACUCCGAAAAUGCAUUUUCAUCACAACGAAGUCGUUUUGCUGGGGAAGAGGUAGCACUUGCUGCCAAACUGCCCCAAAACGCUAGAGUGGUCGAGCGAAUUGCUGCCGCACCUCUCCCUUGCUCUUUGUUGGCCACGUCAGACACAUUAGGUCGGAUUUUCGUCCAGGAUUCAAGAGACUUGUGCGUGCUGCGAGUGCUGAAGGGAUACCGAGACGCCCACGUUGCCUGGGUUGCCCAGGGAGGUCCAUUAUUGGCCAUCCUUGCUCCUCGCCUCAACGUCCUUGAGCUUCAUAGGCCCCUGGAUGUGAAGAGAAUAGCUGCCUUUCGCUUGCGACCGGGCUCCAUGCUUGUGCAAUCUGCCAUGCAUCGCGCGCUUUGCAUCUCACCAGACGGACAUCUGUACGAGCUAAUGCGCUCAAGAAAGAGCGGGGGUGUUGCUGCCGCGGGUAUCAAAGAGGAACAACCCAAUGGCAAAGCGGAGGAGUUGGAAACUGCGCAUUCGGCAACAGUGAAUGGGGUAGAGGAUAUGACUGAAGCGGUUAGGACCGGGCAGAGCGGGUCGGUUGUUGACUACGAGUCCUUGCACAUGUUUCUAGAGGCCGUGAAGCGAGGGCAAACGAGUGUUGCGGUCGAAUGUUUGCAAAAUGUCCGCGACAGUCGGCAGAAAGUCGCCCACCUCAUGACGGCUGUCCUAACUUGCGCUUCAUACGUUCGCCCUGAGAUUCACAUCGCGCUAUCCUCCAAGGCCGCCCAGAUUGCAUCAAGCUUGGAAGAUCGAGACCUUCUGUCACGUUUUGAGGCUCACAGCCGGCUUGCCGAAGCAUACGCAAUUGUUUUUGCAGAAAUUUUACCUGAAGGGGCAGUAGCAGAGGAGAACAGUGUGGCUAAGUACGGGAAACAGCUCAUGGAAGAUGACAUAGGGGCCGGCUUACUUGAGUUUGCAGUUGAGGCAAUGAAGGGAGAUGCCUCGCCUGCUAACGUCAGCGGAAAGAGAACGCGAUCCUCGAAAGAAGAGGGGAACAUGCUCACCUGCGAGAGAUUUAUUCUGUCUCAUGCAUUACAUCCUUCUAUGGACAUCAGAAGCCGGUCAGAUUAUAUCCUGCGGCCAAGGCGAGAUAUUUCCGAGGCGGAGCAGGUAUGGCUUGCAAAGCUGUAUUUUUCUCGCCUCCUUCACGUUGACUCUGCUGAUUUGCCAACAGAAGGCAGAGAACAUCCUGCGACGAAAGACGUGUUCCUUGCACUCUCGGAAGUUAUUGGGUUACAGGAAGCAGAGUUGGCGCACCACUUCGCAAUCUUUUUCCUGCACGUUCCCCUUCUUGCACUUUUGAAGACACGUGUAGCGAUACACGCCUCUCCGAUACGCUGCGCGAUUUCACGCCUGAGAACGGGGUUUUCACAAGAAAUAGUUGAUCAAGUCUUGAUAGAAGAGUGCGAGACAAGUGCCUGCAUCCCGAAUGCUGUUUUACUUACCCGCCUUUGCGUCAUUCAUGAACGACGCCGGUCAGAUGGGAACGAUGCCCUAUUCCUGGCGUCUUUGGACAGACUAGAGGAAGUAUUGCUCUUUCGGAAACUCAUCGCAGGAUCGAAAAUUCCACCUGCAGUUUACGAAAAGUUUACGGCGCGCGGGUGCUCGGGGGCACUAGGAGAUGCGGAACGACAUGCGGUCACAAGCUUGAUCGAGUGGCACGAAUUUGAUCGUGCUGCAAAAAUUUUGAUCCGUCUUGACGAGUCUAGACGUGGACAUAAGCUUGCUUGGCAAGAAUCUGCAUCUGUCAGCGAAGCGGCACUUCUGGCUUGCCGAAAGAAGGCCGUCAGCGUCAUCACAGACGCUGGACGGGAAGUUAUCCCUGAAAACGUUGUUUCUUGGAUAUUGAGUGUGGAAGUCGACGAAGACCAAUCACAUUGGAUUCAAUUGAUCAAUGAACAAAGGGAAACGGUUUUGCGGAAACUGCGGUCUGUUCUUCUAAGCGCACACCAAUACUUUUCAGAUUCAUCGGUCGAUGCUGUUCGUUGUCUCCAAUUGGCAGAAGCUAUGUCCGCACUGAUUGAGUUGGAGAUAAACUGGCACACAAAGAGUAAAGCUUCUGCAACAGGACCACACGAGAAUCCUGAAUCUGUGGCGGAGUCGGGAAAUCAACGGCCGAAACGAGAUUCAUCCACUAUGGGUGAGAGCAAGGACUUUGGAAGUCGCCAAAAUGCAAUAAUUGACCACGUCAAUACCGAUGAAACGCAGCGCAGUUCCCCCAUCAAUAAUGCAGAGGAAAGCAACGAAGUGUGCGAGAUUGUCGAGGAAACACGAAUGCACACUUCGGAAGCUAGUCUAAUCACAACCAAUGAAUUGGAGAGGGACAGACUAGGAAGGACGGGAACGCAAGGGAAAGGUGAUUUCUUCAGUGGUGAAGGUCCAUCUACAGCGGCUGAAGGCACGUCCCACGUUCAUCCGUUUGCAAUACCAACACUAGAGAACACGGGACUUGAUGACGAUGCCCUGGACCCCGUUCCCACUUUGUCAGAUGGUUCAGAUCGCAUGGAAGAUUUGCCAGACACGCGCGCGAAAGUCCCAAAGGGUUCCUCAGGAGCAGAGAUCGAUCGCAGGGUCCGCGAGGAUACCCAAAACAAUGAUAGCGACGAGGACGAUGACAUGUUUUUCGAUGCCGCGUCACGACAAGCCUCCGACCUAUUGGCUGCAGACGAAAAUAAUGAUGCAGCCAUGGUUCCUGAAAUCGCAGACAACUAA